AUGUAUAGGUUGGGUCGCCGUGGUCUAGGUCCCGCUUUCAAGGCCUUCAGAGAUACACCAGUGCGGAGCUCGAUCCAACAACAACAACAGCGGAGGAAUCUUAGCAUCCACGAAUACCUCUCAGCAAACCUGCUGAAAUCCUACGGCAUCGGCGUGCCCAAUGGAGAAGUUGCAAAGACACCAGAGGAGGCUGAGGCUAUAGCGAAGAGCAUCGGCGGAGAUGACAUGGUGAUCAAGGCCCAGGUCCUGGCAGGUGGCCGAGGCAAAGGCACAUUUGACAAUGGCUUGAAGGGCGGCGUGAGGGUCAUCUACUCACCUACAGAAGCAAAGAUGUUCGCCGGACAGAUGAUCGGUCACAAGCUCAUCACAAAGCAGACGGGCGCCCGAGGCCGCAUCUGCAACUCUGUCUAUAUCUGCGAACGCAAAUUUGCCCGCCGAGAAUUCUACCUCGCUAUCCUCAUGGACCGCGCUACCCAGGCGCCCGUCAUCGUGGCAUCCUCGCAAGGCGGUAUGGAUAUUGAGACUGUGGCUAAAGAAACACCCGACGCCAUCAUCACCACACCUAUCGACCUCAACAAGGGUGUGACGGACGACAUUGCCAGAAACAUUGCCACCGAGCUUGGAUUCAGCGAACAGUGCAUUGAAGAUGCCAAAAACACAAUCCAGAAAUUGUACAAAGUCUUCAUGGAGAAGGAUGCGACCCAGAUAGAGAUCAAUCCGCUCAGCGAGACCAGCGACCAUCAAGUAUUGGCCAUGGACGCCAAACUGGGCUUCGAUGACAAUGCCGAGUUUAGACAGAAGGAGGUCUUCAGCUGGAGAGAUACCACCCAGGAAGAUGCUGAUGAGGUCAAGGCCGCAGAGCACGGCUUGAACUUCAUCAAACUCGACGGCGACAUUGGCUGUCUCGUCAAUGGCGCCGGCCUGGCCAUGGCAACCAUGGAUAUCAUCAAGCUCAACGGUGGUUCACCUGCAAACUUUUUGGAUGUUGGUGGUGGUGCUACGCCUGAAGCCAUCAAGUCUGCUUUCGACCUGAUCACCAGCGAUCCCAAGGUUACGGCCAUCUUUGUCAACAUCUUCGGAGGUAUCGUGCGGUGCGAUGCUAUCGCUCAGGGCUUGAUUAACGUUGUACAACAAAUGAAUUUGAGGUUACCCAUUGUAUGUCGAUUGCAGGGCACAAACAUGGAGAAGGCAGCUGAAUUGGUGAACAACUCGGGCCUGAAGAUCUUCUCCAUCACGGACCUGCAAGAGGCAGCCGAGAAAGUGGUCGACUUCUCGAAGAUCGUGAAGAUGGCACGUGAAAUUGAUGUCGGAGUUGAGUUUUCUCUUGGUAUCUGA